CCACUUGAGCUUGUAAUCACUACUCUCAUCAUCAUAUCCUCGCCCCCUUGUUACUAUCAGAAACCCAAAAUUCACCAACAACAACAACAAUGAACUGCCUGCAUUCUUGGCCCGAACCAAUAGUUCGAGUCCAAUCCUUAUCCGAAAGUGGCAUCAAGAAACUCCCACACCGUUACAUAAAGCCACCUUCUCAAAGGCCUCAUCAUCAAACUAGGGUUAACUCAUCAUCAUCAUCAUCACAACACGAUGAUGAUCAUGAUCAUGGUUCUGAUGACACCAUCAACAUCCCUGUGAUCAGCCUAGAGGACGUGUUCUCGGAGGACAAGGCCCUGCGGGAGGCUACCAUGGCGGCGAUAUCGAGUGCGUGCCGGGAGUGGGGGUUUUUCCAGGUCGUGAACCACGGCGUGAGGCCGGAGCUGAUGAAGCAGGCAAGGGCCACUUGGCGAGAGUUCUUUGGGCAGCCGGCGGAGGAGAAGCAACGGUAUGCAAACUCGCCUACAACCUACGAAGGGUACGGUAGCCGGCUUGGGGUGGAGAAAGGGGCCACCCUCGAUUGGAGUGACUACUUCUUUCUCCAUUAUAUGCCUCCGGCACUACGGAAUCCGGACAAGUGGCCUUCGCUUCCCUCUUCAUGCAGAAACGUGAUAGAAGAAUAUGGAAAGGAAGUGGUGAGUUUAAGUGGAAGAUUGAUGAAGGUAUUAUCUGUAAACCUUGGCCUAGAAGAGGACCACCUUCUAAAUGCCUUUGGAGGAGAAAACAACAUUGGAGCUUGCUUAAGGGUGAACUUCUACCCAAAAUGUCCACAACCAGACCUAACCCUAGGGCUCUCGUCGCACUCUGACCCGGGCGGCAUGACCCUUCUCUUGCCUGAUGAAAAUGUGGCCGGACUCCAGGUGCGUAAGGACAAUAGUUGGAUCACUGUUAAGCCUGUUCCAAAUGCUUUCAUCGUCAACUUGGCCGAUCAAAUUCAGGUGCUAAGCAAUGCAACUUACAAGAGUGUAGAGCACAGAGUGAUAGUGAAUUCGGAGAAAGAUCGGGUGUCUUUGGCCUUCUUUUAUAAUCCCAAAAGUGACAUAAUAAUAGAACCAAUCAAGCAACUGCUUACUGAAACUCGACCAGCACUCUACACCGCUAUGACAUUUGAUGAGUAUAGACUCUUCAUUAGGAUAAAAGGUCCCUGUGGCAAAUCACAAGUUGAAUCUUUAAAAUCAGCUUUGGAAUCAUGAUUAUGACGAUAUGAUGAUGAUGAUUUAUUAUGAAUUAUUAUUAUUAUUAUUAUUAUAUUAAUUAUGAUGACUUAAUUAGCCUUGUACGUGUGUUACAAAUCUAUAUCGAUCUUAUAUAUAAUAACGAGAUUGUUCUAUCUAAAAUACGUACUUUUGUUGUCUGUGGAGUACUUACACAUAGUUUGUCUAGUUAUUAUAUUGCUUGGUCCAAGUCGAGGGGACAAGUUAAUGUAUAUUUAUAUACGUGCACACCAAGCAAUAUUAUUACUUUUAUCUUAGCUUGAUUUUAUUGCCUGUACUACUUCGGGAAAUGAAUUAAAUCAUGCAACUAUGGAAUCAAUAUUACAUACAAUUUUGGAGUUGAA